AUGCCCCCUUCUCUCGACGAAAACACCACCACCUCCCUGGAGCAACCUCUCAACGACCUGUCCAUCAAGGUCAAGCCCAGAGUCAAGGGCGGAAUCUCCACCGAGUUCCUCAAGCACCUGCCUCCCCAUUCCCGAGCUCGACUGGAACGCCAUGGAGUCGAUCUGUCCAGAGGCUACCCGGAACGACCUACAGACAUUCCCUUCUACCUGGACGAAGCGGUGGCUGUGCGAGCCGACGAGCAGGAGUACAUUCCCAGAGGAAAGAACGCGGACCCCGAAAAGAAGGCGCUGCUGAAGAACGCCACAGCCGUCAAUAACCUCUCCAAACACAUUGGAACCGAGAUUGUGGGCGUCCAGCUGGCAGACCUCAACGAACAGCAACUGGACGAACUCGCCCUUCUCAUUGCCGAGCGAACCGUGGUCUUCUUCCGAGACCAGGACCUGCCCCCCGCCAAGCAGCUGGAAAUCGGCCAGUUCUGGGGCUCCCAGAUCGAGAAACACCCCCAGGUGCCCCAUGUGCCGGGCUACCCCGGUAUCACGGUCCUCUGGCCGGACCACCAGAUUCUGGAGGGACGAAAGGCCAAUUUCAAGCAGCCCGGAGGAGCCUCGGGAUGGCACACCGACCUGGUCCACGAAGCCCAGCCCGCGGGACUUACUCAUCUCCACAACGACCAGAUUCCUUCGGUCGGAGGAGAUACCGCCUGGUCCUCUGGAUACGGAGCCUACGACAAACUCUCGCCGGCAUUCCAGGAGUUCCUCAACGGCAAGACUGCCAUCUACCGAAGUGCCCACACCUACAUUGACCGAAACGACCCUCUGGCCGGUCCCAAACACAUUGAGAGAGAACACCCUCUGGUUCGAACCCACCCUGUGACGGGAUGGAAGACGCUGUGGGUUAACCGGGCCAUGACGGUCCGAAUCGUGGGCCUGGAACCCAAGGAGUCCGAUGCCAUUCUCUCGUAUCUCUACGACGUGUACGAGAAGAACCAGGACAUCCAGGUGCGGUUCCGAUGGCAACCCACCAAGGAGGGACUUGGAACCUCUGCCAUCUGGGACAACCGAAUCUCCCAGCACAACGCCAUCUGGGACUACGAAGGCAAGGAGCCCAGACACGGAACCCGAGUCACUUCGCUGGGAGAGGUGCCUCACUUCGACCCCACCAGUCCUUCUAGACGGGAGGCUCUGCAUCUGGGAGAGUAA